GCUAACCACACUUAUUUGGUGAGAUUUGUACUUAGGGAUGAUAAUGAUUCAAAUUGAGUUAGAUUUCUCCUAAUCAAACUCAACCUAGCCAGUUCACAAGCCAAACAAAUCCAAUAAAAUAUUAAUUGGAUUUUGGAAGAGAAAACCCAACUCAAUUCAGCAUGUGCCUGUGUGAGUGGGUACCCACAUUUUUUUUGAAAAUUUUCUUACAACUAUAUUAUCAGACUAAUACAUUAAUAAAUUAUCUAUAUUAUUAAGCAUUGUCAUCAAGACUAAUAUAAUUAAUAAAUAUCCAGAUUAUUGGGAUUAGAUACAAAACCACUUAGUUUUUUAUGUGCGUCAAGUGGAAAGUAGCUAGGUCAGGUUUCCACAAUUUUUUUUUUUAAAAUUUCUUACAACUAUAUUAUCAUAAAAACUAAAUUUCAUAAAUUAUUCAUUUUAUUAAGCAUUAUAUUGUCAUAAAGAUCUAUAAAAUAAAUAAAUAUCCAAAUUAUUAGGAUUAGGUACAAAACAACUAGUUUUUUUUAUGCGCGUCAUGUGGAAAGUAGCUAGAUCAGGUUUUGACAAAGCUCAUAUCUGAACGACCCAACCUACCAACUCCAAAAGCGAACAAAACCCGCAACCAACCGAAAUCCUUCAGAAUUGAGUUUUAUCCAAUUUAAUCAAAUCGAAUCGAAUUGAAUAUGUACCCGGGUGUGCAUAUGUGUGAACGCUUUCAUUGGGUCUAAUGACUUGAAUGGAUUUGCUAUGCUAUCUUGAAUCUUUUGCAACCACUAUUUUUCUUUUAAUAUGUAACUUUUCUGAUCUCUAAACAAAAAAACAUUUGACUCCCAAGGAAGGUGUUCUCACAAUUGCCUAAGCCAUUGCCAAGAAAGUAUAGCAAACAACCUAUAUGAAAACAAACACAUGCUGCAUGGCCACAUGCAUAUGAUCAUCUCAUCAUCACUCCUACAUUUUACUUGGUAUUCAAAUAUAUAUGACCCAAACGAAAUUUCAACGUAUAUCAUUAAUCAAUAAUCUAAAUAAAUUAUACAUACAAACAUUGUGUGUUGGACUUUGAACAGAAAAUUAAAAAGAUUAAUAAUUCAACACAACCUACCAAUAUACCAUCCCCGGAGUACUACUAUACUUCCUCCUAAACCAAACCAACCCCCCAAAUCAAAACUACUCACAAGGGAAACUUCCGCCUUUGUACCCCAUCAAUUUCCCACACUUCCUAACCAGAAAAUCUUAGUUUCAUACUAUAAAUACACGAACCAUGCACCAUCCCAUUUCCCACCAACACACCAAUAUCCUCCUCCUCCUCCUCUUCAAAACCCAAAAACGUUUUAACUUCUCUAAAGCUCUCCAUCCAUCAUGGCUAGCCAGAGCCGCGCCGUGGUGAGAUCGUCGAAAGUGGGGAUCAUCGGCGCCGGGGUGAGUGGGGUGGCAGCUCUGAAGCAGCUGGCCCACUACGACCCCGUGGUGUUCGAGGCCGGCGACUGCAUCGGCGGCGUGUGGAAGAGCUGCUCUUACCACUCCACCAAGCUCCAGUCCCCGCGCAAGGACUACGAGUUCGGCGACUUCCCUUGGCCCAACAGGGACGACCCUACCUUCCCUUCCCACCUUGACAUUUUGGACUACCUCACGUCUUAUGCUCACCGUUUCGAUCUCUUCAAGUACGUCAAGUUCAACACCAAGGUGGUGGAGAUCAGGUUCAUCGGCGGCGAUGGAGGUGGUCGUCAUGAUCUACACCAAACCGGCGGUGGCGGUGAGUAUGGAGCCCUUCUCCCCGGCCGCCCGGUCUGGGAGGUGGCUGUGCGAUCCAAUGGUCCGGAGAGUACCAUACAGUGGUACGAGUUCGAAAUGCUGGUGGUGUGCACGGGGAAGUACGGUGACGUACCGAAAAUACCAGAGUUCCCGCAGAAGAGAGGGCCAGAGAUAUUCAAGGGGAAGGUGAUGCACUCCAUGGAUUACUGCAAACUGGACAAGGAAGAAGCGACGGAGCUGAUGAGAGGGAAGAAGGUUGCCAUCAUCGGCUUCAAGAAAUCGGCUAUCGAUUUGGCUGUGGAAUGCGCUCAAGCAAACCAAGGCCCAGAAGGGAAGGCGUGCACCAUGGUGAUAAGAACCUUACACUGGACCGUGCCCCAUUACUGGGUUUGGGGGCUCCCAUUCUUCUUGUUCUUCUCCACCAGAUCUUCCCAGUUCAUCCACCAACGUCCCAACCAGAACCUCCUCAGGGCCUUCCUCUGCCUCCUCCUUUCCCCACUGAGGCAUGCAGUUUCCAAGUUCAUAGAGUCGUACCUGCUCCACAAGCUCCCACUCCAGAAGUACGGGCUGAAUCCGGACCACCCGUUCGUCGAAGACUACGCGUCCUGCCAGAUGGCCAUCACUCCCAACGACUUCUUCCCGGAGGCCGACAAGGGCAACAUCUUGUUCAAGAGAGCUUCCAAAUGGUGCUUCACCACCACCGGCCUCCAGUUCCUCGACGACAACACUCGCCUCGAGGCCGAUCUCGUCCUCCUCGCCACCGGCUACGAUGGCAAGAAGAAGCUCACCGACAUCAUCCCCGAGCCCUUCCGCAGCUUCCUCGAGUACCCUUCUGGUGUCAUGCCCUUGUACAGGGGAACGAUCAACCCACUGAUACCGAACAUGGCCUUCGUGGGCUACAUCGAGAGCGUCGCGAACCUCCACACCGCAGAGCUCCGCAGCAUCUGGCUGGCACGACUGGCGGACAAGAAGUUCAAGCUCCCCAAGGUGAAGAAGAUGUGCGAGCAUAUAUCGCAGGAGAUCGAGAUCAUGAAGAAGACGACGAGGUUUUACCAGAGGCACUGCAUCUCCACUUACAGCAUCAAUCACAGCGAUGAGAUCUGUGAAGAAAUGGGGUUGAGCUCUUGGAGGAAGAACUCCUUUCUGGCUGAGGCGCUCAGCCCUUAUGGCAGCCAGGACUACAAACAUAUGGAGUGAAGUGAUGAAGCUAUGGUUACGUAUCCAACCACAAGUUUCAUUUUGAGAAGAAGCAGCUAGCAGUGAUGAAGUAACCGCUAAAUAAAGCUCUGCUAGCUAGCUUUCUCAAUACAAAUAUAUCGAACGUAAAUUAAACUAGCUAGAUCCCCAAAAUAUAGGUUUACUAUUGUCAUUACUACUACUCAUAAAUAAUUGUUAUUUCAUUGUCUAGCUAGCUACUAGCUAGCUAGGAUUACUAAUAAUAUUGUAAUAUUAUAGUAAUUAAUAAGCACAUCAGUUUACUAAAUAUAAUUUGCACAUGUUCCCUUUCAUAGACUACUCAUAGUUCUAUUAAUCAGGUACCAUGCAGAAUGAGUUAGCGUGACAACCUCCUCAAUUGUUGUGUGAAUGCUCAAAAUGCGUUUGAGCACUGCUUUAUUACUAUAUGAUACACUUUUAAUAGUGUUUUGUGCUUUUUCAUGCGAAACCAUUCUAACACCCCACCAUGCUUUUUCAGUUUAAUUUGCUUAACAUAAUUGUCCAUUUUCAGGGCUAAUAAUAGUUAUAAUACACUCGUAUAUCCAAAACUUUCACGGUUGUGCCAAUAAUAUUCAAAUUUUUCGAAAUAUCACUUAUAUCCAUGUUUUGAAGUUGUUCUUUGUCAAAUCUAUCCAUUUCCCAAUAUAUUUUUGGUUAAAUACACUUGUAUAUCCAAAAACACCGUUAAAGAAUGUGAAGGAAUUGGAUAUAAGUGGUAUUUCGGGAAAUUUGGAUAUUAUUGGCACAACCGUAAAAGUUUUGGAUAUACAAGUGUAUUUAACCUAGUUCUAUCUAUCACGUACAAUGCAUAUCCAAACAUUUUUUUGCAAUGUUGGAAAUCCUAUUAAAAAUUAAAAAAAAUGGAGCAUUUUCAUGCAAAAUAUAUAUAUGGUGGCUAUUUCGGUGCACUCACUUUUUUAAAGAUGUCAUAAUACAUAAAUUUUGAACUUUAAUGAGUAGCAUUAGUCUAAUAUAAUGAUAUAACACUGAAUUAGUACUAAUCAAUCUAUUACCCUAACUUAUUAACCUUCAAUUUUGAAUCCCAAGUUCCCAACCCAAAAUCCCAAAUUGUAAACUCUAACCCUAAAUUCCUAAACCCUAAAUCAUUCAAAUUAAAGUGAAUCUUGAAUUAUUUCUGUAAAAAUUCAUGUGAUUCUUGUUCACCAUACCACAAGUGAUUAUUGUCAUUGUUUUCACAUGAAACGUCUGCUCAGAAUGACGAUUAUGAAGCGGGUGCAUUGAAUGCACCCAAAAAAAGUGAGUACACCGAAGACAUAACCAUAUAUAUAUAUAUCGUAAUAAAGACAAAAGGUACAGUAAAUAACAUUUAAUUAGUUAGGAAUUUUACGACACCACAUAUUGCUAUUACGCUUUUAAGGGGUUAAUUGCAUGGUUGGUCACUGAGAUUACAAAAAAGGUUUAUGUUUGGUCACUCGAAAUAUUUAAAAUCAUUCAUGGUCACUACAAUUAAUAAAAUAAUCCAAAUUUAGUCACUCUCGGUUAGCAUCUGUUAACGACAUCAGUUUUUUGCUGACGUGGCUAACAUAAUCGUCCAAUCAGCCUAUUUUAAUAAAAAUUAUAUCCAACCCUCCACGUCACCAAAACCCGCCACAUCAUUAAAAUCCCAAUUCAACCCAUUACCCAACCCAUAAAAUCAUCCAAACUUAGUCACUCCCGGUUAGUCUCUGUUAGCCUCUGCCCUUUGUUAAUGGCGUCAGUUUUUUGCUGACGUGACCAACAAAAUCGUCCAAUCAGCCUAUUUUAAUAAAAAAUUAUAUCCAGCCCGCCACGUCACCAAAACCCGCCACAUCAUCAAAAUUCCAAUUCAACCACAUUACCCACAUCAUCAAAAUCCCGCUUUUAAGUGUAACAAGACGAUAUAUCAACUAAAUCUAGGUGAGAGUCACUAAACUAUUAUUCAGGGA